AUGGUGCGCGUCCUCCAGAUCAACGUGGACGGGGGUAGGGCGGCCCAGGACCUAAUGGAAGCCACGGCCGCCGCGCUACGGGCGGACAUUCUUAUCAUCAGUGAGCCGUACAGGUGCAGACCGGAGGAGGAGGGCUGGUUCCGCGACUCCAGCGGCAGGGCCGCGGUCGCGAUUGUCAACCCGCAGAUUGCCCUCACCGAAUCGGGCCCGGGGGCCGAGGACGGCUUUCGCUGGGUCCAGUGCGGGGGCCAACGGUACUUCGCGUGCUACUGGUCGCCCAACACGGACUUUGCCGCAUUCGAGGAUUUCCUGAUCAGGCUGGAGCGCAGCGUCAGGAGUUCGAGCGUCCCGGUCGUCGUCGCGGGCGACUUUAACGCCAAGUCACCGGCGUGGGGCGACAGUCGCGAGGACGCGAAGGGCCGCGCUCUCGCCGACUGGGCGGCCAGCCUCGACCUCGCGGUGUGCAAUCAAGGCGCCAGGCCGACGUUUACCCGGGCGCACAGGACCGGUAUCUCGUCGUCGUCCAUCGACAUCACGUUCGUGUCCCGAACACUGAACCCCGUGGCCGACUGGAAGGUGUUGGACGAUUAUACCGGGUCCCUGCACCGCUACAUCAUGUUCGACGUGGCCGGCAGCGCUGCCGUCCGCGCGCUUCCCCCGGAGAGGAAAUGGUCUUGGCGGAAGUUGAACCCCCAAAAACUCCAGGAGGCCAUCGACUCUGCGGGCGUCCCCGGUACGUACGUUGACGCGGCCUCCGGCGCGGAGGCGGUCGGCGUCAUCCUCAGCGACGCGUGCGCGGCAUGCAUGCCGUCCGGGCGAUACCGGGGAGGGAAAAGGCCGGUUUUUUGGUGGACGCCGCAGAUCGCGGAACUUAGGAAAGUGUGCCUUCAAGCCAGGAGGAAGUACACCAGGUGCCGUCCAAGGGCUUCGCCGGAAGAGGCGGAAGCUCUGAGGGAGGAAUUCAGGGCCCACCGGUCUGCGUUGAGGAAGGCGAUCCGGGACAGCAAGGAGGAGUGCUGGAAGGCGUUGUGCCGGCAGGUCGACACCGAUCCGUGGGGCCUUCCGUACAAACUGGUUACUAAGAAGUUGUACGGUAGGAGGGCGAUACCAGGACUGGACAUCCCCGGGAGAAUGGAAAACAUCGUGAGUACAUUGUUCCCGGCGGUCCUCACCCCAGCCGGCUGGCCCGCCCUGGAGGGCUCAACGGAGUUCCCCGAGAUCACCAGCGCGGAAGUCGCCUGCGUCGGGGCACACCUGCCUAGAGGUAAGGCUCCGGGCCCGGACGGCGUGCCGGAUAUAGUCGUCGGGGUGUUAGCUCGUCGCCGGCCAGAUAUCCUGGCGACACUUUUCAAUGUGUGUCUACGGGAAGGCGAGUUCCCCGAGAGGUGGAAGGUGGCAAAGUUGGUACUCCUCCGGAAGGGAGACAAGCCGCUCGACAGUCCGUCGGCGUACCGGCCAAUCUGCCUUCUAGACUCGGUAGGUAAGCUUUUUGAACGCCUGCUGAAAGUCAGGAUAGAAGGUGCGGUCCAGGACAGCGGAGGGUUCAGCGAUCGCCAGUACGGGUUCCGGAGGGGCCGCUCAGCGGUCGACGCUAUACAGAGGGUCAUGGGGAUAGUCGACGCUGCCGCCACUGGACCUCUCUACAAGCGCGAGCUCUGCGCGGUGGUCGCUUUGGACGUCCAGAAUGCAUUCAACUCCGCCAGGUGGGACAGAAUCGAGAGUGCGCUGAGGAAGAGGAACGCCCCGGGCUACAUCGUCAAGAUCGUUCGUAGCUACUUGAGCGGCAGGACCCUGCGUUUCAACGGCGUCACGAAGACCCUUACGUGCGGCGUCCCGCAGGGCUCAGUCCCGGGCCCGCUCUUGUGGAAUAUCCUCUACGACGGUCUUCUCGGGGUAGAUCCCGGCGGCAACGUACCGGGAGUGUCAUCGGUGUCGCUGGUGGCGUUCGCCGACGACCUAGCCGUCGUGGCCACCGGACACGACACACCAACGCUGGAGGACGUCGGCAAUCAAGCCCUCACCAGGGUGGCCGAGUGGAUGGCUGAAAACGGACUUGCACUAUCAACGGGCAAGUCCGAGGCGGUGGUCUUAACCUCUAAGAGGGGAUACGCCCCGCCUGCCUUUGCGAUCGACGGGGUGCCUAUUCGCACCGAGGAGGCGAUUAGGUACCUCGGCGUUCGGCUCCAUAGGACCUUAGGGUUCAAGGCUCACCUGCAGGCGGCUGCGGCGAGGGCGCAGAAGACGGCGAUGGCACUAUGGCGAAUCAUGCCCAACGUCGGGGGCGCACAACAGAGGAAGCGGAGGCUCCUGGCGUCGGUGGUGGAGAGCGUCGUCCUGUACGCGGCCCCCGUCUGGGCCGGGGCUAUGGUCUUCGAGUCCAACACCUCGAUUAUCCAGCGGCCACAGAGGACAGUCGCCCUGAGGGUAGCCACGGCCUACAGGACGGUGUCUACGCCGGCCGUUCUCGUCAUCGCGGGUAUGAUUCCCGUGCACCUGCUGGCAGAGGAGAGGCGUCGACGGCAUUCAAGGCGAGGGGAGCCGAGAAGCUCGGAGAGGGACGAAGAGGACCGGGAGGAAGUCUUCAGGAGGUGGCAGGAGGAGUGGAGUCGGUCAGAGAAGGGCACUUGGACGAGGAGACUGAUCGGGGACGUUCGGCCGUGGGUCCGCAGAGCUUGGGGCCAGGUGGACUUCCAUCUCACGCAACUGCUCUCUGGACACGGUUGCUUUGGUCACUACCUAGCCAGGAUCGGGAAGGCAGCCGACGCCAGUUGCGCCGACUGUCAGGCCGCGGUCGACGAUGCGGAGCAUGCCUUCUUCCAGUGCGGCAGAUGGUGGCAGGCAAGGAGGAGGCUGGAGAUGGAAAUUGGUGCCGACUUGGUUCCGGAGACGCUGGUGGGCGCUAUGCUGGCAUCCAGGAGGGCGUGGGAGGCGGUCCAAGCGUUCGCUAACCACGUCAUGGCGGCGAGAGAAGAAGACGAGCGCAGGCGGCAGAGGGAAAGACCGGCGUAGCGUCGCCCGUCUCCAGAACGAUAGGUUAAGUUUAUGUUAGAGUUAAGUUUCUUGUUUGUUUUUUUAUAUGUACUAUUUAGUUGUUAUAUUGAUUGUUUCUUGUUACUUAAUGUUAGCCUGCCCCGCUUAGGGGUAAACAGGCCUUUUUUGCGGCACAGCCGCGUAAUUGUAAAUUUCGUGAAUAAACGAUAGCGGCCAGUGCACCCAAAGCAAUUCCUAACG